AUGACAGCGCGGCAGGUGGACCCCCAGAUGUCUCCAGGUCCAACUUCGAGGGUCUCGACCAGGCCUUCCAGGAAGCAGGAGCCUGGGGAGGCUACAGCCCACCUCCAGAAGAAGCUAUGCCCUUCGAGGUCAAGCAGCCCAGCUUGGGAGGCUUCUGGCCUACCCUGCCGCAGCCGGGAUCCCUCAGUGAGGCCUAUGCAGGCCCUGAGGCCUUCGGCCCAGCGUUCAUGGAGCCCAGAGCCUUGGAUGGUGCCAAACCAGGCUUGGGAGGCUACAGCCCCCCACCAGAAGAAGCUAUGCCCUUUGAACAUGACCAGCUUGCCCAGGGGGGCUGCAGCCAACCUCUCCUGCAGGUCCCAGACCUCGCUCCAGGUGGCCCAGGUGCUGGGGUCCCCGGAGGUCCUCCCGAGGAGCCCCAAGAUCACAGACCUGCAUUUGCUGGCUUCAGAGGUAGCUACAGCCCUCCCCCUGAGGAGGCUAUGCCAUUCCAGCUUGAUGGAGAAGACUUUGGGGACGAUAGCCCACCCCCAGGACUCCCCAGAGCCGUCCCGCAAAUCGACGGCGGCAAUUUGCUCGCGGCCGUCCCGGUCCCGGGUGCGGUUGUCCCGGUCCCCGGUGCGGUCUGCGUCGCUCCCCCCGGGAACGCGCCUCUUCUCUGGGUCCGAGGCGCCAUCGGCAGCCCAUCCCGCGGAGCUGUCAGACCUCCUCGCAACAGCCCCCCAAUGGAGAUCUCCGGACCCCCGCUCGAGAUUGGCAGCGCCCCCGUCGGGGUCCACGACGCUCCCGUCAACGUGGACAGCCCCCCAAUCGCGCUUGAUGGCCCGCCCAUCGAGGUCUCCGGAGCCCCAGAUAAGAGAGAGCAAGCAGAGAGACCCCCAGUUGAGGGAGAAGCAGCCGAGAUGGAAGGAAGCUCAGCCGCCGCUGCCGAAGAGGGAGGAAAAGUCCCCUCUCCCGGGGACGGAUCCCCUGCCGCUGCCGAGGCAGCUCCUGCCAGCCCAGCCUUUCCUGACACUGGGGCAGCCCCAGCCGAUCCCGACACCGGGACAGCCCCUGCCUCCGCCGCCGAUCCUGACGCAGGGGCAGCUCCAGCCGAUCCUGACGCCGGGGCAGCUCCUGCCUCCUCUGCCGAUCCUGACACCGGGGCAGAUCCUGGAGCCCCAGCCGACCCUGAUGCCGGGGCAGACACAGGAGCCCCAGCCGACCCUGACGCCGGGGCAGAUCCAGGAGCCCAAGCAGACCCAGGAGCCCCAGCCGAUCCGGACGCGGGGACAGACCCAGGAGCCUCAACCGAUCCUGAUGCCGGGGCAGACCCAGGAGCCCCAGCAGACCAUGACGCCGGGGCAGCCGCUGGAGCCCCAGCCGAUCCUGAGUCCGGGGCAGCCGCUGGAGCCCCUACCGAUCCUGACUCCGGGGCAGCCGCUGGAGCCCCUGCCGAUCUUGACGCUGGGGCAGCCCCUGGAGCCCCAGCCGAUCCUGACGCCGGGGCAGCCGCUGGAGCCCGGGCGGAUCCUGACGCCGGGGCCAAACCUGGAACCCCGGCCGAUCCUGACGCCGGGGCCGCCCCUGGAGCCCCGGCUGAUCCUGACGCCGGAGCCGUCCCUGCCGUCCCAGCCGCUCCUGACAACCGGGCCGCCCCAGCCGCUCCUGCGGCCAGGGCAGCUCCUGCCACCGGGGCAGCUCCAGCCGCUCCUGCUGCCCGGGCAGCUCCCGCCGCCCGGGCAGCUCCUGCCUCCCGGGCAGCCCGACCUGCCCCUGCCGCCGGGGCCAGACGCAACCUCCAUCUCCUCAGACCCCCCAGCCCCGAGAUUCAGGCUGCCGACCCGCCUACUCCGCGGCCUACUCGGGCGACUGGCUGGCGGGGCAAACCUGAGCGCAGCCGCAGCCGCCUCGGGUACUACGACGAAGGGUCAAGCGACGACUCCAGCGAAGACGAGUACGACGAUGGGGCCACCGGAUGCUGGCGCUGGCUCCUGCAGCGAAAUCGCCGCCGCCGAAGCCGAAGCCGAAAGCCCCAACGUAACUUGCUCGGCAACUUCCUCUCUCAAGCUUUCGGGAGCUGCUUCUGCCGAUCUGAGAGCCCCCAGUCCAGAGCCGCACAGUCCGGCAAGGUCAAGAAGGUUCCCGUGGCGGAGAAGCACAGACAGAUGCGCAAAGAAACCCUGGAGAAGCGCGCUCAGAGGCGCGCACAGAAGAAACGCAGCAAGCUCAUCGACAAGCAACUCCAGGACGAAAAGAUGGGCUACAUGUGUACGCACCGCCUGCUGCUGCUAGGGAGAAAAGUGAUGCCGAGCGACACUGAGGGUCGUUUCCGGCUGGACAGGCGAGCGCCAGCGACCGUAAG